AUGGUUACUGGAGCAGACGGCCUGGCAACACGACCAAGUUGUGAAAACGAGGUCACCUUUGUUGCUUUCUUCAUGGCCUCUGGACGGCAAACUCGACCGGACAGACUCAUGAAACGGUUGGACUGGUCUCCAAUCUCUGGCCGGUAUCCAGUUUGUCAACAGCUCUUGCGCAUUCGGAGAAGUGGGCAUGAAGAGUCUGUGAAGCAAAGUCGGGUUUGGAUAAAGAAGGAGUUGAGCGGUGCAACCAGUCUUUGCUUGUCUUUCCUCUAA